AUGCAACGUUCAAUUGAAUCAGAUUUUGAAGAUGAAAAUGAAAUAUGUUAUACAUCGAAACGUCGAGCACAACCAAGAGUUCAACAUUAUGAUGAAGAUUCACUUCCAUCAUCAUCUUGGACAAAUCCAAAUGAAAAUGAUAUAGAAGAAGAUCAACGUAGUUCAUCAAUUGAUUAUUAUCAUCACAAUGAAAACGAUGAUGAAGAAGAUGAAAUCUUUAAUUUACCAAUAAGUUCAAAUGAUUUAUCUGUAGCACCACAACAAGCAUUACAUUUAGCAACAAUUUAUGAAUUUCUACGUCAUUUCUCACCUAUAUUACGUCUUUCACCAUUUUUAUUUGAACAUUUUUGUACAUCUAUUAUUCAAUCAAUUGAUAUAAAUAAUAUACUUUUUUCUCAAAUUCAUAUAUGUUUACUUCGUUUAUUAAUUAAACAAGAUGAUGAUGAUGGAAUAACAUAUGCAUCUGAAACAGAUAUUAAAGGUAUUAUUGAUUUAUCUUUUGUUACUAUGGAUUAUAUAACCUGGCCGUAUAUAUUACAAUUAUAUAUUACAUCUCAUCCACAAUUAAAAAUGUUAACAACAAUUAUCAAAGAAUAUCCAUUUAAUACAACUAUUGAAGAUAAAAUUGAAGUUCUAUUAGCUUUAUGUAAUGUUACAUUAACAACAAAAACUAUACGCAGAGAAUUCGAUGAUACGAAACCUAAACAACACGAUGAUAAUUGUAGACAAUGUCAAAAACGAGGUGAUUUACUCUGUUGUGAUCGUUGUGAAGCAACUUAUCAUCUUGCUUGUCUUAAUCCACCAUUAACAAGUGUACCAACUGUUGAAUGGUUUUGUCCUGUUUGUGAACAAAAUCAAAUACAUGGUGUAUCCGAUUGUAUUCCUCCGCGAGAAAAUCGACCAUUCUAUUUACGUCAUCGAUGUAUCGGUCAUGAUCGUGAACAAAGAAGAUAUUGGUUUGUUUGUCGUCGUUUAUUUGUAGAGGAUGAAACCGGUGAAGAUGUACGAUAUUAUUCUACACUUGAUCAAUUCGAUGCUUUAUUAUCUUGUCUUGAUCCAGCAGGUUCUGAAAAAUUAUUAGUUUAUCGUUUACAAAAACGUUAUAAUGAUAUAGCACGUUGUAUGCAAAUAACAGCGAAUCUUCAAGAUUCAUCUUUACCAUUGGAUCAAUCACCAACAAUGACACAUAUGAUUCAUUCAGCACUUGAUUAUGCACCACAAUUAGAUAACGAAGAUGAAGAAGAUGAUGAUGAUCAAAAAUCAUUAUCUAUGUUUACAGAUGGUUUAAUGCCUUGUUAUUUUGAAGAAAAUCUAACACAAAAGUUUGAUUAUGAACAUUUGCUUGAUAGAAUUAAAUUGAAAAUAAUAUCAAAAGAAGAUGUUGUAACGAUGCAUGGUCAGAUAGAUGGAAUAGUUGAUAAUGAUGAUAAUAAUGAAAAAGAUUCAAAAUCAUUCGUUAAAAAAAGAGAAUUUUUCGUUCAUUCAACUAAUAAUUAUGGUUAUCCAACAGGUUUCAACAAACAAAAUCUCUAUAACAAUGAUUUUUCAAAAUCGAAUGAUUCAAUCCCUAUGAAACGAUUCUACUCAUCCAGCAAAUCGCUUUUAGAAGACCGAUUACGACAUGCACAUAAUAUAUAUACUGAAACGGAAGUUACUAUUCAUCGAUUAAAUGAUAAUGAUAUUGAUGAAACAAUCUGGCAACGUUAUGAACAGUAUCAAACAAUGAAUAGAUUUCCUUCUCAUACUCGAGGCAAUAAAUAUUCGAAUAACACUAACAAUCGUCCAUCUCCAGCAAAUCAUCCUUCGUAUCCACGUAGUAAUUAUUAUCGCGAUUAUUAUACUGGUAAUAAUUAUGAAGAUGAAGAUGGUAUGUUACUUGAUAAUGAAUAUGAUGAUUUUGGUGAUGAUUUUUUUCAACAAGAAGAAAAUAUUGAUGAAUUUGACAUGCCAUUUAGAAAAUAUGAAAGUAGUCGAGUUUAUCGGGGUACUAGUCGUGGUCGGCCUCGUGGUCGAGGUCGUCCACCAUUAUAUGGCGGUCGAGCUGGACGUGGUUCUCAUUUUGGUCAUCCUCCACGUGGUGUUAAUCAUUUAACAACUGGUUCAUUUCAAUCUAGUCAACGUUUAAUUCAACCUAAAAUUGAAUCUCCAAAACCAAAUGAUCCACAACAACAGCAACAACCUCCUAGAAAUAAACGUAAACCAGCAAAAAUUAAACCAAUGUCAGCAACAGCACAAGAAGAAAAACCAAGAAGACCAGGCAAAGUUUUACGUAGUGGACGAAUAUCAAGAAAACCUCGACGAGAUUCGGAAACUGAUUUUGGAUCGGAUAAUUCUGAUGAUAGUGGAGCAAAAGAUAAAGAAACAGGAUCUGAUGAUGAUGAAGAAUUUAAUUUAACACAACUUGGUCUUGGAUUUGGUAAUGCAUCAAACAUUGCAAUCAAAGGAGGACGUGAUGGUUCAUCAUCAUCCAAUGAUUCAUUAGCUGGAGGAAAUCGUUCAUUAACUAAUUUUGCUGCUUUUGCACAAAAUCAAUUAUUGGCAGCAAAUUUAGCUAAUGGAUUAAUAGCAAAGAAUGAAGAAUCCAGUAAUGAUUCAGAUUUUAGUGCAGAUGGUUUUGGUUCCGAUGAAUCUGAUGAUAUUUUAAGUCAAAAAGCAAAAACGAAUAAUGAAAUUAUCGAUGAUGAAGAACUUGAUGAUUUUACAUAUAGUCAAACAAUGUUAUCACUUAUUAAUAGUAUGCAACCAACCCAUGUUAAAAUUGAUUUCGAUCUUGUAACACAGAAUAAAAAUAAUGAUAUUAAUAAAGUCGAUAUUCUUCCAACUGAAGGUCAUCUUCAUUAUGAAAAUUAUUAUCAAACAAAUCCUCUAGCUACAAAAAAACAAAUGUUAUUAAGUGAACGUGAUCGACGUGCACAUUUAGCUCGUAAAUUUAGUAUAAAUAAUUCUAUACCAUUUGCUUGGUAUUCUCCAUCAUCAUCUAUAACAUCAAAUUAUUUCAUAAAAAAUCUUUCGGAUACAUUACGUAUAACACUUGUAUAUUUCGAAAAUACAAUUCCAUUACCAUUUAUGCAUUCACAUUGGAAACGUUAUCGUUAUAUAUGGGCAAAACAAUUACUUGAUAUUGAUACAGAUAUUUCCUUAUCGAAAUUAAUUUAUCUUUUACUUCAAUUGGAAGCUUGUAUUAAACCUGUUUCUUAUUUCGAUUUAUUUACUGAUCAAGUUGGUUAUAUAAAAUUUCGUCGUGAAACAGAAAAAGAACGUGAUGAAGCAAAAAAAGAAGAAAAAGAUGCAUUUAUUCGACGAAAAAUUGAUGCUGAUUCAAUUAUACAAAAUGUUCAUUUUACUCGACCAUUAAAACAUAGUAUACAUAAACAACGUGGUGAAGAAUAUCGUUUAGCUGGUGGACAAGGAUGGACAUUUAUACGAUCUACUCGACGUUCUUUAAUUUCAACAAAAAUAAAAAAUAAUUUUGAUAUUAAUUCAUUAUUAACACGUCGUGAAAAUAUGUCCAAUGCUAUAUUAAAUGAACGAAAUAGAAUUAUAAAUUUACUUGAAACAAAACUUAAAAAUGAUUUAGGAAAUGAAACAAAUAUUGAAAAUGAAUUAAAUAAUUUAUUAUUAACAUCAAAAGAUGAUAAUGAUGAUUUUAUUGAUGAUUUAGCAUUUAUUAAUUAUAAAAUAAUUGAUUAUAAUGGAAGUUCAUAUCGUUAUCCAGUGAUGUUAGAAGAUACACGUCGACCAUUUCAUUUAACAGCAACAACAAAUGAAAAAAAUAAUUUAAUAAAUCCAUUUCAAUUACCAUUACCAUGGACAUUUGCAUUUGAUAAUCAGAUAACACCAAAUAUAUUUAUUUUACCCUCUUAUAUUCUUCGUCGACUUGCACGAGCAUCAAUGACAUUAACGGAUGCACCUGGUUUUAUUAAUUCUCGUUUAAGUGGAAUUGGAACAAGAUUUGGUUGGCCUUAUCCAUGUGGUAGACCAUCAGUUCGAACUGCAUGGUGUUAUAAAGUACAAACAAGUACUUCAUUUUUUGCACUUGCACAUCAUAUUAAAUAUUUAUGGAAUUGUAUAAGAUGGGAUCUUCUAACAGAAAAACUUUCCAGUAUCGAUGAAUCUUCAAUUACAACUCAUAUUGAUAAUGAUGGUAUACAAACAUUAAUACAAGUUUUAGCUAAACGUGAUUCUGGUCCAUACAAUUCUUAUUGUGAAUAUUUUGUUCGUAAAACUAUUCAUACACAAACGAAUGAUUCAUCAAAUUUUAAUAUUCCAUCAUCAAAAUCUCGUAGUCGUGCUGUUCCACAUCCAUCAUCUGUUUUAACACCAAAUCGUAUAAUUCUUACUGAACAAUGGUUACCUGAACGACAACUUCAACCAAAUCAAAUUAAAUAUUAUUAUCAAUGUUUACAAGAUAAAACUUUUAAACGUUUACAUAAGAAAACGAAUGAUGAAAAAAAACAGAUUAAAAAGAAAAAUCCUAUUAUAAAUCCUCCUCCUUCGACACAACAAACAGCUAAACCAUUUAUUGUUCGUAUACCACAUUUACAACCAAAAUCAACAUUAAAUACUGAAAGUGGAAAAGUUGUUAUUGUAAAAGCAACUGGAGAAUCACCAUCAACAAAUCUUCCAUUACAACAAAAAUCAUUUUCAGUUGUUAAAUUAGCUGAUGGACAAAUUAUUCUUGUUCCAACAACAACUGUUCAACAAAAUGAAAAUUCUAUUUCAAAAAUUAUUAAAGCACCAUCACCACCGAAAUCUUCUCAACCACAAACAAUCUCAAUUAGUCCGCAAGAACGUCGAUUACGUCCAAUUGCACCAGCUCCUAUAACAUCAAUUCAAACAUCAAAUGAAUUACUAAAUAGUCUUCUUGCUCAACAACAACUUAUUCUUCAACAACAACAACAAUCAGAAACAAUUUCAACUUUAGAACCAACAUUAAUUGAAGAUAUUCCUUUAACAACUAUUUCAGAAACAGUUAUAAUCGAUACGAAUGAUUCAAUAAUAAAACCUACACCAAUUGUAACACACAAAACUAAAAAUAUUCGUAAAACAGUACCAAUACCAUCUGUAAAUGAUGAUAAAAAAUUAAAAAUUGAUCCAGAACAAGGCAUAAGAUUAAGAAUAUGUGAAGCUAUACUUCGUUCAAUGAUAGCAAGAAUUGAACGUGAACAAAAUCAAGAAUCUAUGAAAAAACGUCUUAAAAAUCAAAAUACAAUAGUACAACCGAAACCUGAUCAUCGUCAUUUAGUUUUAACACGUUUAUUAAAUGAUCGAGUUGAUAGUCUUCGACAAGAUUUUAUUGGAAAUCGUCUUAAUAAAAAAACUGCAUUGGUUAAAGAACAAGUGCAAACACAACGUCUUAAACAACAACAACUUAUACUCAAACAACAACAACAACAAGCAGAAUCAAUUAAACAAGAAGAAUCUAGUUCAGAUGAUGAAAAACCAAAGACAGAAAAUCCACCAUCAAUUCCUCCGAAAAAAGUGAGAAAAAGUACUGGAAAUGAAAUAAAAACUAAACGACAAGGAACACCAAAAUCAUCCGAACAAAAACCAAAAAGUACAUUAUCAAAACGAACACGUCCACUUCCUCCAACAAAAACUGUCGAUAACGAACAACCACCUCCGUCUAAAAAAGCUCGUCGUUCACUCGUUAAUCCUCCACCAUCGGAACAACGAGAAUCAUCUGAUAAUGAUGAAAAUCUUUUAAAGAAUCGUAAAACUUCUUCUUCAUCAUCUACAACAACAACAACAACAGCAAUUGCUAAAAUGAAAUCAACAGAAAAAUCGAAAAAAAUCAUAACUAUAAAAAAUUCUUCGAAUAAAAAAGAAAAAACCGAAAUAAAUCUUUCCGAUAUAAAUUGUAGUUGUCAAAAAACUGAUAGUCCAGAAAAAUUUUUUAUUCAAUGUGAAAUAUGUUCACGAUGGUUACAUGGUACUUGUGUUGGUUUAACACCACGUCUUGCACAAAAAAUGAAAGAAUUUAUAUGUGAAGAUUGUCGAUUAUUAACACAAAAAGCAAAAGAACGUUUAUAUUGUAUAUGUCAAACAUCAUAUGAUGAAUCAAAAUUUUAUAUUGGUUGUGAUGUUUGUGCUGAUUGGUUGCAUGGUUCUUGCGUUAAUAUUACACCUGAACAAGCAGAAAAAUUUGAAGUUUAUGUAUGUCCAAGAUGUUCAACGGAGAAAAAACAAGAAUUUCUUAAUAAACCAAUAAAUAAUGAAACUAAAAAAGAAUUAUUAAAUCUAACAGAUCAACUUUCGAUACAUAAAAUGGCAUGGCCAUUUCAAAAACCAGUUGAUAUUAAAGAUGCACCGAAUUAUUAUACAAUUAUAAAAGACCCUAUGGAUCUAACAACAUUAAAAACAAAAGUAAUGAAUAGUAAAUUUAAAACUAUAUGUGAUUAUAUACGUGAUGUUAAUAAAAUCUUUAACAAUUGUCGAUUAUUUAAUCCAAUUAAUUCAACAUUUUCUCUAUGUGCUAAUGUUGUUGAUAAUUAUUUUCGUCAAUUAUUAGAAAAUUUGAUGAUUAAAAACGAUAAUUAA